GGGCCCAGCUAUGCAGUAAUGUCUUGUUUAGUUUCAAUCCUGAAUCACUCUCCCUUCUUCCCUCUUCCUCUCACUCACGAACCCUAAUUAAUAUUCUCUUUUCAUAUCUCCAUAUUUGUUAAGCAUUAUUGUUCAAUAUAUAUAUAUAUAUAUAUGUGUGUGUGUGUGUGUAUUGUGAUCCUUUCAUUUGAUCUACAUUACUAAACAAGAAACACAACAUCGGUUUGCGAUUGGAAGUGUGCAGUGAGUAAGAUGAUGAAUUGGUGAUGAACUCAGCAACUGAAGAAAGUGCUUGUCUCCAACAAAUCUAAAUAAGUUAAGUUUUAAACUUCUUAUGGAACUCUACCGCUUAAUAAGAAGCUACAAGUUCCUGAAUAUGGUGAUGUAGCAUAUAGCCUUGUGUAAUAUAUUAGAAGAUGGCAUUUUAUUCAGAAGAAGAUUCAAGUGAUGAUUACCUAUUUAAGAUUGUCUUACUUGGUGACUCGGGUGUUGGGAAGUCAAACUUGCUUGCUAGAUUUGCGAGAAAUGAGUUUUACUCAAAUUCUAAGUCCACCAUAGGAGUAGAAUUUCAAACUCAAAAAAUGGAAGUCAACGGGAAAGAAGUUAAGGCGCAAGUAUGGGAUACAGCUGGUCAAGAACGGUUUAGAGCUGUUACAUCUGCAUAUUAUAGAGGAGCAGUUGGGGCUCUUGUGGUUUACGAUAUCAGCAGACGACAAACGUUUGAUAGUGUUGGCAGAUGGCUUAAUGAACUUCACACUCAUUGCGAUAUGAAUGUAAUUACAAUACUUGUGGGAAACAAAAGGGAUCUUAAAGACGCAAGAGAAGUUUCAACAACGGAUGGGAAGUCAUUAGCAGAAUCACAAAGUUUGUUCUUUAUGGAAACUUCAGCUCUCGAUUCCUCAAAUGUAAAUGCAGCUUUUCAAACGAUUGUUAAGGAGAUUUACAGCAUUCUGAGCAAGAAGGUGAUGCAAUCUCAAGAACUCAAGAAAGAUCCUUCAAUCAGUAGCAAAAAGACCGUCAUUUUGGAUGCUAAACAAGAUGCUAACCAACAAGAGAAAAAAGAAGAGCAACCUAAUAAGGGUGGAGGGUGUUGUUCAUCUUAGGUUAAAAAGAAUCACCAUGUAGCUGUUGGGUGUAGGUGAAAAUGUAUUAGUAAAUGUAAAUGACAUGAAGAUUUGAAAGGUAGAGCAUUUUAUUAUGUGUUCAGUUCUUUUCAUGUUAAAAAGUGCUUGAAAAGCUUAGGGGUAUUUGGCUAAACUUAUGCUAAAAUGCUUAAUAGCACAUGUAUCAUCCAACAGGAUGCAACUCUUUUGUCACUCUAGUGGGAUCAUGAUCCCUUUCAUUCUCA